CAAGAUUCCAAAGGGGGCUAUUUUGACUGGACCCCCAGGCACAGGAAAGACUUUACUAGCCAAGGCCACUGCGGGAGAAGCCAACGUCCCCUUCAUCACUGUGAAUGGAUCAGAGUUCUUAGAGAUGUUUGUGGGGGUUGGACCAGCCAGGGUUCGGGAUCUCUUUGUAUUGGCCCGGAAGAAUGCCCCAUGCAUUCUGUUCAUAGAUGAGAUCGAUGCUGUAGGAAGAAAGAGAGGAAGAGGCAACUUUGGCGGACAGAGUGAACAAGAGAACACGCUCAACCAGCUACUAGUUGAGAUGGAUGGAUUUAACACUGCUACCAAUGUUGUAGUGCUGGCAGGCACCAACAGACCAGAUAUUCUAGAUCCAGCUCUGAUGAGACCCGGACGCUUUGAUAGACAGAUAUAUAUCG